GCCACUUCUGUUGUCUGACGCCACACCUCGGAACUCGACUGGCACUGUGUUGAUCACUAUGGCGGAUGCCGCUGGGCCGUCCAGCGCGCCGGAGGGGCUGCCCUUCCCACUGCUCUGGAACCAGGAGCCACUCUACUGGUAUGACCUGCCCGACGCGGACAAUGGCACGCUCAAUAUGGACGCCAAGGGGGUGUACCUGCCGGGCGGCUGGGACGAGCCGCUGAGGACCUCGCAGCGGCUGGACCUGCCGUUCCCGCUGCGCUCUGCCGUCGGCGGCGAGCUGUACCGGCCGCACAGCCACGACGCCGAGCGCGACGGCGUGGAGGGCGCCGCGCUGCCGCUGCUGGCGGGAGAGCUCGGCAAAGGACUGGACCAUGACCCGGUCGAGGAAAAGGUGGACAAGUACUGGUAUCUGAAGUCGCACGUGGACAAGUAUGCGCUGAUACCGGACGGUGCGACCAGGUCGCAGAUGCAUGGAUCGUCAGGCGUCACGAGAGAGCAGGCACGUGGUGUGCUGGACCAGAUCAAACAGGGCGCCACCGUGCUGCCCAAACUGAGUUUGCCGCUGAGAAACGUCCUGAGUCUGGCCCAGUUUCUCACCAAGAACCCCGUCUUCACCGGCUGGGAUGCGAACGACAACUGGCUGUACGGCGGCGGGACCAUGUCCUUGAUGAAGUACUCGCGGAAACUGCUCCACACUAGCGGCGAGAAUGUAGCCGUGGCGGAUCUGGUCGCUCCCGGAGACUGGGAGGAGGACUCCUCCAACCGUACCGGCGAGGGCUCGUCCUCCUACUCGCGGCUGUGGGCCGAGGACGAGGUGCUCCUCACGUGGCCCGAUGAUGAGACGGUCCUCCAGAUCGACGCCGCGGACCUGCCGCCUGACGAGGGAGGACUAGAGGCGGCCGUGGUGCGCAGCCUGAGCUCUGUACGGUUCUACCUGAAGCCGGCGCGCCGCCUGAUGCUGCUGGACGAGUUCACGCCGGCGCACCCGCCGGCCGCCGUCGCCCUCCACCGCAGCGCCAAACGCCGCUGGGCGGCCGUCGAUACGUCCGGUGACUGCACCGUCCGAGACGGAAUAUCGGGGCGCAAGAUCUGCUCCGCUCUGCUUCCGAAAGUGGAGCGAAAGAUAGGCUGGUUCGGUCUGCACGGCCUAACCCACACGGACUGCUACCAGGUGGCCUCCUGGGAGCGCGUCUACCACCUGGACUGCAGGGGGGGCAGGUCGUCGGUGCUGUUCCAGAUGUCGGACAAUGGCCACCUGUUCCGCAGCGGGGAGCGGCUGCAUGCGAUCCGCCGCAGCACGGUGCGCGACAACCUGACGCUGCUGACCACCAACCGGCACCUGGUGGUGCUCGACGAGCGGCGGCCGGACGUGCCGUGGCUCUGGUCGCGGCUGACGCUGCCGCCUGCCGGCGUCUACCUAAGCAGCUGUCCGGCGGCGUGUCGCGGUCCCGGCGGCGCCGACACAGAGCUGAUCACGGUCGCCUGUCAGACGGACAGCCAUGUGCAGGCGCUGGUGUACGACUGGGCGGCCGGCGCCGAGCUGGCCGCCUCCCGGCCGCUCGGCUGCGCCCGGCCGCCGGUCGAGGCCGCCGGCCCGCCCGCAGCCGAGACCCACCGGCGCCUGGAGCAGCUGGCGCUGACCGGGGUGGUGGCCGACCGACCCGCCCGCGGUCACAACUGCGUCUACACCACCAACAGCUGCGGCGACGUGUUCGUCCACCCGCUGGUGCCCCUGGACGGGUGUGAGGACCGGCGGACCGGUGAGGAGGCGCCGGCGGAGGAGCUCGACGACUGGAACAAGCCGCCGGAGCUGCAGCCCAAAAAGUUCCGACGCUACAAUGGUACGAUGUGGGCGGGUACGAAGCCGCCGCGGCGCCCGCCGCCGCCGCGCCAGGUGAAGCCGCUGAGGGUGACGGAGGAGCAGUGCCGCCGUCUGGUGGACGACUGGCGGCGGACGGUGGAGAGGCAGCGCUGGCACAAGGCGCGCGUGACGCCGCUCCACUGCGACUCGGUGGUGCACUGGUCGGGCCCGACCCACCCGCCAGACCUGCUGAAGCCGCCGCCGGAGGCAGAGGGCGAGAGUGACGAGCUGCCGCGCUGGAGUGCCGAGAAGACGGCCGCUCUGCCCCGGCGCACCCCGGAGCGGACCCCGCAGCGGGUGAACCGCUGGCUGAGCCGGCUGUCGGGCGCUGCGGGCGGUGCGCAGGGCGCGGCGGGCGGCGCGCAGGGCCCGGCGGACCCGGUGACGCCGGGCGGCGCCGGGCCGGCCGGCGACGCCGCGGACGACCCGGUGGAGCCGUCCACGCCGUGGGACCAGACCACCGACGGCUCGUCCACGGACGUGUCCACGCCGCCCCGGUCCGAGGUGGACGAGAUGCUCAGCAUGUGGGAGACUGACGCCGAUUUGUCGGACGAGCCUCUGUCCGUAGCGGAGGAGCUCGCCGCCAACGCGCUCAGCAUCGCCGGCUCCGUGCGCCGCAAGCGGGUGCCGCGCUACCAGAUGCGACUACGGCGUGUGUCCGGGUCGAGUGCGGCCUCCAGUCGCGUCUCGUCCAGCCGUCUGUCGUCCAGUCGGCCGGGCAGCAGCGGCUCGGGCCGGGCGGUCUCGGCCGGCCAGUCGGCGGCCUCCGGCGGCGCCUCGACGUCCGGCUCCGGGUCGGCGCCGGCCUCCAGCCUGGUGACGCCGGCGCGGCCGCUGCCGGCCGUCAGUCACGGUGCCGCCUUCCAGCAGUUCAGCAUGGACCUGUUCGACGACUAGCGCCGGCGGCCGGGGUCGAGGGUUCCAGCCGUGGUCAGUGGUGGCAAGUGGUUCGUGGUAUCAACGAGUGAUGGGUGGCUGCAUCGCUGUGUGGAAGUGCCUCUCCGUGUCCUUUCCCACCUUCUGACCCAGUGUUGUGGCUGUGACGGGUGCUGUCUGGCGUUGACGCACUGAUUUGAGACGUGUCUCGCCACCUGAGCUGUUGGCCUCCUGUGCUCCGUUAGCGGGACGAGUGGCGACCAAGAUGUUUGUGAGAACAUUGAACUAUGCUGGUCAGUGUUGUCUAUGGUCAGUAAACGGCAGCGUCACGUCGCUCAAUGAAUAGUCAAGGACCAUCUCAUGCUGCCACAGGGAUAUAAUUCCUGGUCACAACUGUGCUGCUCAGGGUUGGAGCGUUUACGGGUGUUUGCACCAGUUUGCGGACGUUCGUAUAUCCGAAAACUCCAUCAGCAUUGUGCAACAUUUCAUACCAGUGUGUUUUUGCUUUCGAAGAUUUUGCGUGUUCGAUGAUGCACGCUCGUUUGACAGUGCCUCAGGUCUACGAACUCACUCGGAAAGUUCGCUAUGUUGAAAUGUUGUUUUGGUGUCAUUGUGAUGUGAUCUGGGGUAGCAUCCAUCAGCGGUGGCAGCGUGCGCAAGCCCGCAUGUGUCCCUCAUUGAGCUCGGGUAUGCGAUCUGGAUGCGGGUCACGUUCUUUCGAGUUGUGAUACGAUUUCAUUGUGCGCUGACAAUACAAUCUGCAAGUAAUGAAA